AUGGGUGAAUUUAAAGCUAUCCUUCCUCAAGGUGCUGGAUAUGCUAUUAUUGUCGGUCUUGGUGCCGUAUUUAUGUUCGGUAUGAUUGCUACUACUCGUAUGCUAAGGCGUUACCAGAAAGAAAUCAUGACUGCCGAAGAGUUUACUACCGCUGGUAGAACAGUAAAGACAGGGUUGGUAUCAUCUGCUGUUGUUUCAAGUUGGGUUUGGGCUUCUACAUUAUUAACUUCUUGUGCUAAAGAGUACGGUACAGGUAUAUUCGGGGGAUACUCUUACUCUGCAGGUGCAAGUUUUCAAAUUAUUGCAUUCUCAAUUUUAGCAAUUAAGACUAAACAAAAAGCACCAAAUGCACAUACAUAUUUAGAGAUUAUUAAGUGUAGAUAUGGUAAAUUGGCUCAUUGUGUUUACCUUUUCUAUGCUUUUGCUACAAAUGUCCUAGUAACAGCAAUGCUUUUAACCUCAGGUUCUGCUGUCUUUAGUGAUUUAACAGGUAUGAAUUCCAUUGCUGCAGCAUUCCUUUUACCUUUGGGUGUUGUUAUCUAUACAAUGUUUGGUGGUAUUAGAGCGACAUUUUUAACAGAUUAUGUCCAUACAUGUGCAAUUAUUAUUAUUGUACUUUUCUUUGCAUUCAGAGUAUAUGCAACUAGUGAUUUAUUAGGGUCUCCAGGUAAAGUUUAUGAUUUGGUUAGAGAAGCUGCAAAGAGAUCACCUGUAUCAGGUAAUUAUAAAGGUGAAUAUAUGACAAUGGAAUCUAAAUCUGCUGGUAUAUUUUUAGUCAUUAACUUAGUUGGUAAUUUUGGAACUGUGUUCUUAGAUAAUGGUUACUGGAAUAAAGCAAUCUCUGCAUCUCCUGCUGCUACUUUACCCGCUUAUGUUAUGGGUGGUUUAGCCUGGAUGCCUAUUCCUUUCUUGAUCUCAUUGACUAUGGGAUUUGCUUGUUUAGCUACAGAACAUGAUCCAAGUUUCCCAACAUAUCCAGAUCCUUUGAGUUCAUACCAAGUUAGUCAAGGUCUGGUAUUACCUGCUGCAGCUGUAUCAGUGAUGGGUAAAGGUGGGGCUGUUGCCACUUUAUUGAUGGUUUUCUUAGCUAUUACCAGUGGUGUUGCCGCAGAAGUUAUUAGUGUUGCAUCUGUCUUCACUUAUGAUGUCUACAGAGAAUAUUUCAACCCUAAGGCAUCGGGUAAACAAUUAAUUUAUUCUUCUCAUAUCGCAUGUUUUACAUUUGGUGUAGCAAUGAGUGGAUUUUCAGUUGGGUUAACAUACGGUUAUGUUAGUAUGGGUUAUAUCUAUGAAAUUAUGGGUAUUAUUAUCUCUAGUGCGGUGGUACCGGUCGUCUUAACUCUUUGUUGGAGACAACAAAAUAGAAUCGCUGUGAUAUGUUCUCCUGUUUUAGGUACAGGGUUAGCAAUUAUGUCAUGGUUAGUUUGUACUAAAUCUUUAUUCAAAGAAUUAACUAUCGAUACAACUUUUGAAGAUUAUCCAAUGUUAGCAGGUAAUGUUGUUGCUUUAUGCUCACCAUGUAUAACAAUCCCAAUCUUAACGUACGUGUUCAAACCACAAAGAUUCGAUUGGGAAAUUUUGAAAAGUAUCAAGAGAGCUGAUGAAUCUGAAGAAUUAGCGGAAUUACAAGAGGAAGAAGAUUCGGAACAAAUCAUUGGGUUAGAAUCUGUUCCUUCUAAUGAUAGUUCUGAACAACUUAAUAAGGACUCAAGUGAUUCAGGAAAUGAAGAAAAACAAGAUCUGAAAAUUUCUGAGAGUAAGAUUAAACCCAUUAAAACCAUAUUAAGUAGUAUACAAAAGGAAACUCCUGAAGAAUUAAAUGAAGAACUUGAAAAGGAAAAAAAAGCAUUGGCAAGGAGUCUUAAAAUUGCUUAUGGUCUUUGUAUAUUUUUCGCAUUUGCAUUCUUAUUAAUAUGGCCAAUGCCAAUGUAUGGAUCUCAUUAUAUUUUCAGUAAAAAGUUCUUCACUGGCUGGGUUGUUGUUCAAAUUAUUUGGUUAUUCAUAAGUGCCUUUUGUGUUAUUUUAUUCCCAUUAUGGGAAGGUAGACAUGGUAUCUAUACUACAUUACGUGGGAUAUAUUGGGAUCUAACUGGUCAAACAUAUAAACUAAGAGAAUGGCAAAAUUCUAAUCCAGAAGAACUUCAUAUUGUUAAGAGUCAAAUAAGUGCUAGAAUUCAUAACAUCGAAUCUCAACGAAAUCGUGGUAUUGAUGACGUGAUAUAUACAUGA